AUGCAGAACCUAAUGCAAACCCACAAUGAACACAGUGUAGCAGUAAAAGUGGUGGGAGGAUAUGAAGAUUUUUUACAGGUUAAGAGAGCAUUGAGCAAUAGAAUAUUCCCAAUUCUGAUACAUCACAUAGAAACAAAUGCUACUUUUCAGGUAAUUCAGAUGUUCCUCAAACAUAAAUCUGAUAAGGAGUUCAUCCUAGCACAUCAACCGUGGAUUGCGGUACCUCUUGUUAUCUUCUGUGAAGAUUGGAAUUUUUUUGUGCAACACCCACUCAAAUUCUUUAAGUUUUCACCUUUUUGGCUUCAAGUUCUUAACCUGCCAAGACUUUUCAAUGACGAAGAAGCAAUCAAAGAUAUCAUUGAGAGGUCAGGAACUGGGACGGUGUUACAGUUAGAUCUGGAGAGUUCACCACCAAGAGCAUUAGUCAUGAUGGAUCUAAACAAACCGUUCAUGCCGGGGGUCAUGCUUAGUAUGGGUAAAGGAGUAUGGAUCCAAUUUGCUUAUGAAAAUAUUCCUGUGAUGUGCUUCUUCUGUGGCUUCUUAUAUGGCUUCCAUGGUCAUACCUUCAAGGAGUGCAAAAAAAGCUCUGCAGUAAGAUUAUUCCCAGACUUUCAUUUUGCAAAACUCAAUGCACGGAUGAAGGCUACAACAUCCAUAGGAAAUCGAACAAACUGUAUGCUUGAAUACCGAGAUACAAACAUAACCCUGGGGGAAUCAUCAAGCAUAAGAGAAGAACUAACCAAAGAACUCAUAGAGGAUAACCAACAGGCGUUUGAACAAUCGGAAAAGAACAACCCAACAUCGAUUCAAUAA